CCGGGCGAGGCGGCGAUCCCACUCUGGCUCUCAUCCAUCAUCGCUAUGGGAAUUAUUACCCCGUUCUUUAUGAACCAAGCCCUCAUCCCGUACUAUUUGAAACCGGUCCACCUGGAGACACAGACUAUAAAACACUGCAGCAGUUGAGACUGUCGUUGCAUUACAAAGCCAGCUCAGCUCUCCUCAGAUAGCAUGGUAGUGCCGGAGUCCUGGGCUGAUGCGAGGAUGAUGAGCCACCUUUAGAGAUGAGAAGUGGUGUUUCUCUCCUAAACAACUUGGACAAGGACAUUUGCUCGACGCUCAUUUGACUCUGUAUUUCUUGAUGGGGAAAAUGCCUGUCUUGUGUGUGUCAGCGGUGCUCUUGUGCACAGUGGUGGUUGACAUCUCAGCCCGGGCUUUGAGCACCAUCAGCCCAGCUGAGCAGCCCCUCCUCUCUCCUCGCCACUAUCAGCACACCGACCCUGAUUCGGGCACCCAGCUGGUCUGUGACAAGUGCCCGGCGGGCACUUACGUGUCCCUCCACUGCUCUCCGACAGCCGUGAGGGAGUGCAGCCCCUGCCCUGAGGGUACCUUCACACGGGGCGAGAACGGGGUGCAGCAGUGUCACCGCUGUCGGGUGCCGUGUCCCACAGGUUUGAUUGAGAAGGUGCCCUGCACAGCCACCCAGGACCGUGUGUGCGCCUGCCCUCCUGACAGCUUUGCUUUAGGGGAAAGCGGCGUCCAAUGCAAGCCGUACUCGCUGUGCCCGCCGGGGACCAGGGUGAAGCGGCGGGGCAGCGACAGGGAGGACGUGCUCUGCAAACCAUGCACGAAGGGGACAUUCUCAGAUGUGGAGUCAAGCUCAAUGAAGUGCCAAACCCACACAGACUGCCAAGCCCAGGGGCUGGUGCUGCUCACAGCAGGCACCAGAGAGACAGAUAAUGUCUGCGGACCCCCAUCUAUGCACCCAUCGUCCUCGUCCUCCUCUUCAUCCAUUACCACCACCACCCCACUGGGGCCUGCACAGUUUGUACCCAUGUCUUCUUUGUCAUCCUUGUCAUCAUCGCAGGCUGUAUCCACACAUGAAGGAUCCAGCAGCCAGUCGGCAGCCAUCCGACAAAGGGAAAACCUCGGGGGGGAGGACCACCAUGUAGACAGCGUACUCCUAAGCCAGGACGCCACUCCCACCCUAUCGGAAACCCAGAACUUUGAUCGGGACCCCCCAAGGACUCCACCGCCCUCACUUGGCAAGCACCCGCUGGAUCGUGAUCCCCAGCGGGGCCACCCAAGGCCUGACCCCAUGCCAUCCCCCAACAAGAGGGCCAUGCAGGGACUGGAGGGUGCUGAGGCGGUAGGGGCUGGGGUGGGAAUCAGCAAGGGGAGCGGAGGAGGCGGGGCCCUCUCCAGCUACUACAGGCCCACUCGGAGGGGGUCCCCGCGGCCGAGCACCCACAGGCACUUUGACAUCAACGAGCACCUCCCGUGGAUGAUCGUGCUCCUGCUCCUGCUGGUGCUGGUGGUGAUCGUGGUGUGCAGCGUGAAGCGGAGCUCUCGGGUGCUGAAGAAGGGCCCCAGGCAAGACCCCAGCAGCAUCAUGGAGAAGGCGAUUCAGAAGAAGCCGCUGGCACCCCCAACCCAGGUCAAAGAGAAGUGGAUAUACUAUUCCAACGGACAGGGCGUGGAUAUCCUGAAGCUGGUGUCGGCUCAGGUGGGCAGCCAGUGGAUCGACAUUUAUCAGUCUCUAGCCAACGCCACCGAGCGCGAGGUGGCCGCCUUCUCCAAUGGCUAUGCAUCGGACCACGAGCGGGCCUACGCUGCACUCCAGCACUGGACCAUCCGGGACAGCGACGCCAACCUGGCCAAGCUGAUCAACGCCUUGCACCGGCAGCGCCGCAUCGACGUGGUGGAGAAGAUCCGCUAUGUCAUGGAGGACAAUCCACAGUUUGACAUUAACCAGCUGAUGACCUCAGUGAAUGUAAGUCAAAGCCUCAGCCCCGUGCACAAGCCGCCGGAGUCUCCCGGCAGUGGCACUGGCAGCAGUAGUGGCAGUGGCGGCGGCGGCAGCACCGGCAGUGUUGUGGGCGGGGCCGGCGGCACAGCGGUGGAACAGUCACCGGUGGACCGAACCAAGGGUUUCUUCCCCGACGAAUCAGAACCCCUGCUCCGCUGCGACUCCACCUCCAGCAAAGACUCCGCCCUCAGCAGGACCGGCUCAUUCAUUACCAAAGAGAAGAAAGACACCGUGCUUCGGCAAGUGCGUCUGGACCCGUGCGACUUGCAGCCCAUCUUCGACGACAUGCUGCACAUCCUGAACCCCGAAGAGCUGCACGUCAUCGAGGAGAUCCCGGCCGCAGAGGACAAGCUGGACCGGCUGUUUGAGAUCGCGGGAGUGAAGAGUCAGGAGGCCAGCCAGACGCUGCUGGACUCCGUCUACAGCCACCUCCCCGACCUGCUAUAGCCGAGGAAGCAGGGUGGUGGAGAACCAGCUGGGUUAUUGGCACGGGAAUCAAAACAGAAUUUCAAAGUGGAAAGGAAGAGUCAGUUCUGGUGUUCAAGGAUCUAGGAGUGAUUUAGUUGCAGGUGAAUUUUUGGUUCUUGAAUCGAUUGAUCUGAUCACCGCAUGAGCUGAGCAGAUGGACUCUUGAUUUGAUGUCACUUCACAUUCUUGGGUGGCUCAAGCUUCUUAUUGUGGCCAAGUGGGUGACCUAAUUCCUCCAAUAUAAGUCUUUCCAAGUUUUUCGGUGGACUUACCUGACACACAGGUCCCCAGUGUCCUCCCGACUCCCUCUUUUGUUGCCUUCUGUAUACACACUGUUACUCCUUCAAAGCACCUCUAUCCUCUAGCACCGUCCUUAAGGCUACGAUACAGGGUCAACACUUUAAAGCAAUUCAUGUAAUUAGGUGAAUUCAGAAUUAAUUACAUGUGUUCAGCCGGUACUCCUUGCCCUUUUCAAGGCAGUGUUACACAACUCUAGCAGGGACAGAGUUACCCAAAUAUAAUGAUCUUGAUUCCCCACACUAGGGAAAACAUGGAAAAGAAGAUAAAUAUAAUUUGACUACUGGGGGAAAAUAUAAGGUUUGCUUUGUUUAUCUUAACCUGCAGGUAAUGUGUUCACUUUUAAAUGAUAAUACCAGUGUUUUCUGAAGUUUGUGCCCAUCAUCCAAGUUCCUCUUCAUUAUCUACAGCACUCCUGGUUUGUCAGCAGACUUUGAAAAGAGUGAGGUAAUCCAUGAAACCGAACCUUUGUUUCCGUACUGGCAUUCUUUCAUUUUACUACAGAUGAGUGGUUUCAUAUCAGUGCUCUGCUUUUUAUCAGUCACCUGACGUUCACAAGAAAAAAAAUACUCGGAAGUCAUCUACCAGGAAAAAAAACAUCUCAAAAACAUACUGCCUUAAUUUAAGUGUCACAUUUCUUCUUAUCACAUACAGCACGCAUGGAAAAAUGUUUGAUGGAAGUGGUAAAUGGGUUAUAACUCUGAAUGACACUGGUAUUAUCCUUCAGAGUUUAAGGUGUUUAAGUGUCUUGCAAGAUAAAUCAAGUGCAGUCUAGGUAUCUCAAAAAAUUGUAAAUACAUUCAUAGAUGCCCAGAUGAGGAUUGACCCUAAAGUCAUGUGCCUGACCCUGAUAAGUCUCCCGUUUUUCAACCCCUACUCUGGGUAGCUCCAUGUUCCCAUGCCAACCUGCCUACACAUACUGUAGAGAAGAUGAACUGUGUAGGUCUAAGCUUCAUAGUGUGUAACCACUCUGCCAGAACAACAGGGGUGCAGUGCUGUAUGCCCUGACCUGCUGCUCUGGAAGCAAAGCCAUAUAUCUAAAAUAUUGGAUUAAACAUUGAAAUAAUCUGGUGUGAGAAUACCCAAAAGGUUAAGUAAUCUAAUCCUGAAAUAUUACAAUAUAUGGCUUUGCCUUGAACUUGUUGAUUUUUGGAGAACGGCUCCAAAACAACAUCCAAUCAGAGAACGGGACGGGGGCUGAGCGUCCCGUGCCCAGGCCUGUGUCUCUGGAACCAAAGCCAUAUAUCUAAAGCUGUUUAGAUACGUCGCUUUGGGAGCUCUGUUACUGUUGGACUCACGGACAGUGUACCACAAAUACUACUACCACCACUACGCACAUUAAACAUUACACUCACUGCUAGCUGGCCCUCUUCGCCUCAACAAUGUAGCAUUUAAAAAAAAAAAAAAAAAAAGUGUUCUUGAUACAUUUUGGAGCUUCGUGUCUGUGUGUUUCUGGAUCAGACACAGGCGUCUGAGCGUUUCAGUGCUAUAGAAACAGUAAAAAAAACGACAAAAAAAAGAUUUCUUUUUCACGCAGUUGUAUGUUGCUACAUGUGUAGCUGAUACUAAAAAUGUAACAAUAUUGAUGCACUAAUUGUUUUCUCUAUGGGAGAGGCAGACAUGUAUUUUCUCUCUCCUUGCCACUCUCUUUCUUUUACUCUGAAAUGCUGUUAACUAACAUUUGAUUAUGUUGUCAUUUAAAAAAAAAAAACAUUUAUUUUGAAUUAUAUUAUUGUUGUAGCUUUUCUUUUUUCUUUUCUUUUUUUUUUUUUUUAGCAUUUUGAUUACCCAGUUGCAACAGUGUAUGUCAUGUUCUGACGGGCAUUCAGAUAUAUUUCUCCUCCGCUUGGUGUGACACGACGACCUCACUGGGAUGUAAGAUAUGCAUACUCCAUACUCUACUUGAAAUCUGUCUACUUCGUUGUACUUGAUUUAAAGGAGAAAGAAACUAUGUACUAUUUCCGCUCCUUCUGAAUUCCAUGUUCCUACAAUAAUAAUAAAAAAUAUAUAUAAUAAAAAAAAAAGCACCACCAAAAACUCACUGACGUUCAAAAGAUGAUUUCGCUGUGAAGUGUUUGGCGUUGAGUUGAACAGGCGCCGUGAGAGCAGCACAUGUCUCCUCGCCAAGCCAGUCCAAGCUACUCUGGUGCUAGACGUGAACACCCACCGGUUUGGCCUGAAACUGGGGCGCUCGACCCCGGACUAUUAGCUAUUUAAAGUAUUCCAGACUGAGUGAAGAGUGAAGAUUGCACUGCUGCGGACUGGUGAUGGGGAUGUUGAUGAGGAUGAGGAUGAUGAUGAAAUGAAAUGAAAUGAAAGAUGAGGACUGUGACUCUGAUGUGUGAGCUUGCUGUCCACAUCACUGUGGAGACCAGCAGGGGUGUGAGCGUGUGGAGGUGAUGCUGGAGGGAGAGUGGUUGAGGUUUGAAAUGCACAUGUCGGCGGAUGAUUUAAUCAAACUUCACACGUGUAAUCAGUAUGUUUACUACUAUGUAACCUCUUAAAAUCAACCAAUUAAAGCUCAGAACAUUUGUCAUAA